GAAGGACCGUGAAGGACCGAGGCAUUCUGUCCCGAAGACGGCAAGUUUUCAGGAAGCACUAUGGAUGAAGAGGAGCAGUUUGUGAACAUUGACCUAAACGAUGAUAAUGUCUGCAGUGUCUGCAAGCUAGAGACUGAUACGGGGACCUUGUCCUUUUGCCAUGUCUGCUUCGAACUCAGUAUUGAAGGUGUCUCCACUGCCACCCUUUUGCACUCCAAGUCCCUACGUGGCCACAGGGACUGCUUUGAGAAAUACCAUCUCAUUGCCAACCAGAAGCUGUCCCACUCCAAGGUCUCCCGCAGUGCCUAUGAGGGCAUGAAGCUGGCCCUCAGCCAGAAACUGAGUCGUAUUAUCCAGUAUGCCCAGAACAAAGACUCUUCCGAUGGCCCGGGUCGACGGGGGACCAAGCUCCUCUGCUACAGUCAGCAGAAUGACCGCAAGCUGCUGCCCCAGUCAGAUGCUCAAGUGCCCCGCUACACACCCUGCUGGGACAGGGGGAACGCGCCAGGGCUGCCUGAUUACACCAUGGGUAUUUUGGAGUGUCAUGCGGCUGAGGAACUGGGUCUGCUGCAGGAGCCACGAGGCGAUGUUUGGGCUGGUGAUGGCAGGAGGAGUCUACAUCACAGAGGUCAAUCCUCCGAGGCAGACCAGACACCACAUGGAAACCAGGGUCACAGCAGAGACGAAUUGGUUAAAAUGAGUAUGGAUGAGCUCCACCAGCUGAACGGACAGUUGCUGCUGCAGAUUCAAAAGAUUUUUGAGGAGUUGACAGUAGCGGUGCAGGAGAAAGACUCACUGGCGUCAGAGCUGCACGUGCGUCACAUUGCCAUUGAGCAGCUUUUCAAGAACUGUGCCAAGCUGCCCUGGCUACACAUUAGCCGGGCCGGGGUGAAGGCCAGCAGCAACACCCCUGUGGAAUGAGUAGUUUAGGGGGGGGGGGGGGGCGUUCCUGUCUCAGAGGAGGCUGUCCCACCCUCCACCUCCCCCAGAUGGGCUAAAGCAUGCCUUAUGUGUUCUGGAUGACUUCCUAGACUGUAUGUUGACUUGUGGUGUCGAGCUUCCCAGCAGAGCAGAUGUGAGGGGUUUGACACAUGGCAGCCUGACCAUAUCAGAGGGAGGACCAAGAUUUCCAGUCUGCGAACCUAAUCAAGUGGCCCGGCCGUCGGUCUGAUCUGAACUUUAGAACACGUCACAGGUUUAUUUCUUCUGCUGCUUGGGCAUUUAAAUCACAGCAGCGAGGUCGGUAGUGCAGCUGGUCCCAGAUAAGAGUUCUGGUUCUGUCACCGGUUCCAUUGUUGUGGGACAUAAUUGUCUGGUUGUCUGUCUGCUGUACUUGAAGAGAUGAUACAUAUUGUCUUUGGGAUCCUCCAGUCACAAGAUGAGAAAGUGUUCUUAUUGGACAGUUUACCUCUAUGCAGACAUGGGUAUUCUUGGUAAAAAUGCCCAUGUCUCCUUUAUGGACAACCAUGCAACCUGUCCAUGUCUCCUUUAUGGACAACCAUGCAACCUGUCCAUGUCUCCUUUAUGGACAACCAUGCAACCUGUCCAUGCAUUUCUGUGGAAACUGUUUUGGUGUAUUUAUUUAGUUUUAUUUCUGGAAAGUCUUGUAGUCAUUCUAUUUUUUUUAUGUCGCUAUAAUGUUUUUGUUUGUUUUUACUUUUUGUUGGCACAAACGUGGAUUUUUCUAGCUGUGGAUGUUGCCGUGGUAACUAGAUGGCUAAAAGGAGAGUUCGUUUCAGAAUUGUACAUAAUGAUUUGGGUGAAUCCUUGAUUAUGAUUUUCCGCAAAGUGGUCCUCCUAAUCAGACCCUGCCGGUAAACAUGUUGGAUCGCUGUUCUAAAUUCAUAUCCCAGCAAGUCUCAAGCUUUAACUCAGCCGUACUCUGGCCAUGUAAUGACACGGCAAGUUUAUUUCAAAAUGUACAACUUUUGACCUGAAAGUCUGUGAGGCUGCAGCUGCAGUAUUUAAAACAAAUCCUGAAAAAACAGUCGGUAAAACGUUUUGUACCAGAGUAUUUGUACAUUUGUAGUAGAGACGAAGUUGACUCUGCUUGUGCUUGUGAACUAGAAUCAGGUAUCAGCCAGUGCACGGGCAGCAUGUUUCCAAAGACUGCAGUGAGAAUUUUCCUAUGGGAGUUUCACAGGAACUCGCAAAAUCAUUUCAGUAAUACACUUUUAAGUCUUGAUUUUGUUUUGUUUUCCCCCCCUCCAUUUCUUCUUCAGUGUUUUAUUGAAAUUGACGUGUUUUCAGUUUAGAUUAUAAGUGUACCACAACUCUCGUUGCUGUUCCAAAUCCACUUGAAUUUUGUUAUGAAUCUAUUUGUAGUCUAUUGCACAGCUUUCAAGCCCAAGUCUUACCUGUUGUUAAAUGUGGACGUGUGCUGACGGCGUUAUGAAACGUUCAGACUUGGAGAUCCUACUGGAAAAACCAAAACCGUUUGUUCCAGAAGAAUCCCCAUGAUUAACAAACGGCCUCAAAGCAUUAGGCCUACAUGGAUUUGUAAAUGUAGGUAGAAUUCAAUACCGAGGGUGUCCAGGUAGCAUAGCGGUCUAUUCCGUUGCCUUCCGGCACGGGGAUCGCCAGUUCGAAUCCCCGUGUUACCUCCUGCUUGGUCGGGCGUCCCUACAGACACAAUUGGCUGUGUCUGCAGGUGGGAAGCCGGAUGUGGGUAUGUGUCCUGGUCGCAGCACUAGCGCCUCCUCUGGUCGGUCGGGGCACCUGUUCAGGGGGGAGGGGGAACUGGGGAGAAUAGCGUGAUCCUCCCACGUGCUACGUCCCCCUGGCGAAACUCCUCGCUGUCAGGUGAAAAGAAGUAGCUGGCGACUCCACAUGUAUGGGAGGAGGCAAGCGGUAGUCUGCAGCCCUCCCCGGCUCAGCAGAGGGGGUGGAGCAGAGACUGGGACGGCUCGGAAGGGUGGGGUAAUUGGCCAGAUACAA